GUGCUUGGGUUUGGGCAGAUGAGAUGCCGCCCCGUAUAGUCCACCACCCUUCUGAUGUGGUGGUGAAAGUGGGGAACCCUGCCACACUGUCCUGCCGGGUGGACGGCAACCCCAAGCCGACUAUCGAGUGGCUGCACAAUGGUCAGCCCCUGGAGACGGGGAGGGGAGACGGCCAUCUUCAACCCAUAGUUCUUUCGGAGGGGAGCCUCUUCUUUUUGAAUGUGGGAGAGGUCAGGCGUGGUCAGUCACAUGAAGGAGUUUACGCCUGCAUUGCCAGGAACUCUGCUGGCAUGGUGGUCAGUCACAAUGCAUCGCUCUAUAUCGCAGCAUUGCAGGAGGAGUUUGGUGUGGAACCMAGUGAUGUGGAAGUGGCAGAGGGGGACGUUGCUGUUUUAAACUGUGCUCCUCCAGUUGGACAUCCAGAGCCGAACGUGAUGUGGAAGAAGAAUGGCCUGCCCAUCAACAACACUGACCGUCAUUAUGCUGAGCUGAGUGGGAAGCUGAUCAUUGCUCCUGCAGAGAAGAACCACACUGGUUCUUAUAUCUGUGUGGCUCGAAACAGUGUGGGCGAGAGAGAGAGCAGAGCUGCUCGCCUCUCAGUGCUAGCCAAACCUGUGUUGGUGCUGAAGCCAGAAAAUGUGUCAGUAAGAGUAGGUGAGUCCACUCAGUUCUACUGCCAAGCUAAAGGAGAACCCCCCCCUGCUGUGRUGUGGAGCCGAGAGCAGGGAUCACUCCCCAAUGGCAGGUACCUCAUUAACCCAGAGCAAACUCUGCAGCUACAUUAUGUGAAAGUGGAGGAUGCUGGCAAGUACAUAUGCACUGCUGUCAAUCAUGUAGGCGUCGUCUCUGCUGCUGCACAACUACUAGUAGAAGGGACUGCCAGCACUGAGCAGAAAGACCUCCACAAAGAACUGUCMAUGCUCCGAGUGGUUCUGGAGAACGUCUCCAUCAUCAACACUGGAUCCAACGUUUCUCUGGUCCAGUGGAAGCUUCAGUCUUUCCCAACACAACCACAUUACCUCAGUGGCUUUGAAGUCCUCUAUCGCUCUUUAAUGCCCAUCAGCUCAGACUGGGCAGCAAAGACGGUAACUCUGCCCAGAUUCCAGGCUCAGGUCGGUCCUCUGAAGAGGGGCUAUAAGUACGAGUUCAAGGUUCGACCAUAUGGCAGCAACUUGUAUGGAAGGGAGAGCAACACGCAGUUCCUCAGRGUCCCUGAGAAAGUGCCCGGAGCUCCUCCUCAGGCUGUGUUUGUUACGGUCAACUAUGAGCAGAAUACCAGCAUCCGUCUGAGCUGGGAACCUCCUCCUCWUGAAAGCCACAAUGGAGUCAUUCAAGGAUACCAGGUGUGGUGUGUGGAGUCUGAUGAGCAGCAGUACCAGAACUGGACUGUGGACAGUGGACAACACAUCCUGGACAUCUCCAGUCUCACAGCAGGGAAACAGUACUGGAUCACUGUGGCAGCAGUGAACGGAGCGGGAGUGGGCUCGCUCAGUGACCCUCACGGAUUUAUCAUCAACCCACAGUCAGAACAGUCMCAGACAAAUGACCACAUCCAGAGUCCUUCUGUGGUGUUGGACCUGCUGCAGGACCCCGUGGUGAUCGGCAGCGCUGGUGCAGUCCUGUGGUGUAUCCUGAUGGUUGCAGCUGUUUGCCUCUUCAGACGCCACAGUAAUUCUCUGUUACCUCGACACAGCAAGGCUAAAGGUCUGCAGAGACUAGCCAGUGAAGACCUGAUCAUAAAACACAGGAUGGCCACCCCGGAUUCUCCAUGGAUCUCUGGGAGCUGGAGACCUCCCUUUAACAAGAAGUACCAGGACCUGUGGGCCCAGGGCCUGAAACAAUCUCAAAUCAAGAGCACCAGCCUCCCGGUCUCAUCCCAGAAGGACACCAGUGUGUCUGACAAUUGUGGUGUUUAUGGAACAUUUUACAUGGACUUGAUGAGCAACGGGAUGAAGACUUUCAGCAGUCCUGGACAUUGUCCUAAAAUUCUUCAUGGGUUCCCUUAUCAGCAAGGAAGUGAGACCAUCCAGAUAUUCUCUCAGCCUGCCUCCAAGUCCUCAUCGCUGAGCAGCAGCGAAGCUCUGCCCUGGAAACAGGCCAUACGGCCUCAGCCUAAAAUGGGCGUUCUGAGGGAAUCAUGGGAAAAAAGGAUGAAUGGCAAACAAGAGUUACACGCAGUGAACAGCGUCCCUGUCCUGUCCUCCAGGAGCCAGGCUUAUCCCUUCAGGGUCUGCAAACAGAGACUCAGUCACACACCAGCAGGACACCACGGUGGACCUACAGACUGUGGUGAAGCUGCAGCUGCUUCUCGGUUGCUGCAUUACUCUGCGUCGCUGCACUUGGUGGACAUGUUGCCUCCUUCAUCGCACUUCCCCUCACAUGAGACAGCAGACAAAAACAGUCUUUCUUCAGUUGAAGGUUCUAAUCGUCCCACCAAGCUAACAGAAGACAUGAGCUCCCUCCAGUCAGUCCGUCCUGGAUCAGCCCACCCUGGACCACCAGGACCCAACAAGACCAGCUUUCCCUUCCAUGUGCACCUAUCCACAGCCUCAGAGUCCACAGUCUUGGAUGACGAGUGCGAGGGCACGCUUAGCUCACAGGAAGCUACAGAGUACCUGGAGCUCAGCCCCAAACCUGAGAGAAGCAGCAGCAUUCUUCCAGAGCAGCACCCCUCCCUGUCCCACCUCUUCACCCCCACCCCGGAGAGCAUCUGUGGGUUGACCCRCUCCAUCCGGCAGGAGGAUGGGGUCCACGCGGCGGAGCAGGGCGGACAGCGGKGGUCCCACCUGCAGAGCUCCCCAUCCUCGUGUUACGACUGGGACUGCUCCCUGUGGAACACCUGGAGCUCAGCCAUGGGCAGUAACAUGGACAGUGCCCGCACCAGCCUCAUCAGCUCUGUGGACAGCUGCUACACUCAGGACAGCACCACGCUGGCCCGCCUGCUGGCUGCAGCUGCAGAGACCAUGAGUGGAGCGUCUGUGUCUGACUUCUCCCCCCGUGCCUCCCCCCUCAGCCCCUUUUACCCAUCAUUCCGAGCAGACAGUGAGGGGUUUGAAGACAUGGAACCUGUUCCUGCGUGGGACUGGAGUCUGGCCUGGAUGGAGGAAAUGGACGCCCAGUACAGAGCCCACUAUCCCAGCAGAAACACUUAGCUGAGCCCGACAGAGCGCAGAGGACAGGUGGAGGAUUCUGACAGCAACACUUUACUGGUUCAUGUAAAAACUGUUUGGAGAUGAGAAGAAUUCAGUUUGAACAUUUUCCCUCUGCUGCUUCUAGAGCAACCUCUCUGUGAGACGAGAUGUUGUUUGGAGAACAGUUUUACCUCGGUUCAGUUCAGUUCCUGCUGAACUUGUGCUUUUCUUUAGCUUUCUUCCUUUCACAGAAAAAAAAACAUGAGUUUGUUCCCUGCUGGGUUGUGAAAAAGCAGAUGACUCAGCAUUCAGAAAGUAUUCAGAGCCUCUUCAUGCUUUAUGUUGCAGCUUGAUGCUACCAUCAUUUAAAUUAUGUUUUUAAAAACGCAACUAAAGAAGAAUUCAUAGUUUUUAAAACACCUGAUUUUUUUUAGAUCAGGUUCCUUCUGAACCCUGAGAAAAGUCAACCUGUCUUGGAAAGUCUUGGAACAAAAAGCGAAGCUGGAGGUGGAAGGAGCUGCCAGCAGAGCUCAGACACAGGCUUGUUGCAGUGGCUCCAUGAAGAACAAGCAGGACUCCUGGAGGAGCUGGUCGACCUGUUCUCAGUGCGAGAACAAGAUCCUGAUGGUAAAUCUGACUCAGAUCUGUGUAGAGAAUCAGAACUGCAGACCUUCACUGAUCAUCAUGUAUAAACGGUGCAUCAUGAACACACAAUGGGCAUUACACACACAUGUUGGGAUGUAUAAACACUUAUGUUGUGUGUAAGUUUGCAAAAAUAUCCACAGACAUCUGA